AUGGAACAACGAAUAUACUAUUCACCUCCACCUCAUCCCACUACGAACAAUUCCAAUUCAAACACCGAUCCUACUACUACUACUACGAAUGAUACAAAUAAAAUAUGUCAAUGGUAUUGUUGUUCAUGUGGUCAAAGCUAUGGAUCAAUAAUAUACAAAGCAACAUCAAUUGAAGAACCAGUUUCAACAUUUCUUAGAACUCAUGAUUUACACGGUUUGAAAUAUUAUAGUCAAAUGCUGUAUACUAAUAAUGAUCAUCCUCCUCCAAUCGAUGUCACACAUAUUAAACCUGAUUUAAAUCAUCGCAUUUCUCAAAAUUCAGAUUCAUUUGAUUUGUAUCAAGAUACAAUUCCAUCACGGAAUUCCUCAACUUCAAGCUCUGGAAGUUGCUUCUCCUCACAUAUCCAUCGUACUAACUCUACUGAUACAGAAAUACAAUCAAUACCUCCCGAAAUCGAAACAACUUCAAAUAAUAAAGAAGAUGUCAUACUAAACACCCCUACAAGGUUUGAUUGUCAUAGAUGUAAUCAUAUGAUGUGUCCCUAUUGUCCUAAACUUCGGUUAAAAGAUUUACAAGAUAAAAUCAAAUAA